AUGGAGAGACAGCCUCUGUCUGCUUUACUUCUUGUAUUUGUCGUUAGCAUCACCACAGUCUGUGGUGAUGAGUACACAGAGAUGUUGUCAUGCCCAGAGAACCAAAAGGCCUAUAAUGGCUCCUGUUACGAGUUUAUGACCCUGCAAAUGAGCUUUGUAAAUGCUCAGGCAAGAUGUGAGCACAAUGGUGGACAUCUCACCUUUAUCCACAAUGAAGAAACACAACAGUUUCUACAGAAACAUCUGCAGCCGGAGAAAAACUGGUGGAUUGGGUUAGCAUCUACAUCCUUCAGCCUCAGCUCUAAGGAUCCAUUGUUCUGGCUGGAUGGAUCUGAAGUGAGCUACUCCAAUUAUCUCGGCUCAGACAUGCCUGGUGCUGGCUGUGGCUACAUCUCCAAAGAAACAGAUUUUCACUGGGGAGCAACCAAUAACUGCAGUCAGGAGUUUUUCUUUAUCUGCGAGUUUGAGUCGGGACAGAGACUAGCCUGUUUGGACAACCACUCCGUGACACUGAAAUGUGACUCUGGUCAGGUCAUAGAGAUUGAUGAGAGCUUUUACGGAAGGAACACGAUGCACUACUGCAGAGCCAAUAGUUCUCUUUUUCCUAAACCAGUUCAGGACAGGUGCAGCUGGGUUGAUGUGGUUAUUGCAGUAUCAGAUUUAUGCCAUGGCCUGCAAGUUUGCAAGGUUCCUGCAGACACAUCAGCCUUCGGAGAGCCUUGCCCACAACUGGGAAGUUACCUGUCUAUAAAAUACCACUGCAAAGAUGGACCCCAGUUAUCAGCAAGUAAUGGAACCAAAAGUUCUUCCCAGUUAAGAAGGUUCAUUAGGAACGAUAAAAACGAUAAAUGCACAUGUAGUGAUCUACAGAAGAGCAAUAAAGUUAAUGUUGACAUCGACUGUUUGACAAAUUGUGAUUCAAUAAAUGUCGAUACAGAUAUUUCUCUAAAAUCAUCCCCGGAUGAUUUAACAAAUGUUGAGUGGUUUUACAUAAAGCCAAAUGGUCCAGUUCAGGUUUCGUGUAAACACAAUAAAAGACCCAUGCAGUUGAGUGACAAAGUUGGAACUGGUUCCCUUUAUAAUGUUCCAAGUCAAACACUGGAAAAUCUUAAUCAUGGCUUCACUAUUGUAGCAAAAGGAUAUAAAAAUAAUGAUAUUGGCUAUGAUUGCAAAUUUUUUCAAUUUCAAAACACUAACCCAGAUCUACCCACACCCGUCUGUUCAAUUUCCCCUUCCACUGGGGAUAUCUUUACUCCAUUUAGAAUCAGCUGCACCAUAAGCCCGACUUUUUGUUCUGAGCCUUGCACAGUCUACCUCAAAACCUCCGAAGGUCAAUACGUCUAUCAGGGCAAUCAGAUAUCCGGCAUACCUGACCUUUAUCUUCCUCGGGGUCACUUUGGGCUAAUAGUUACUGUUAAGAAUAAUGCUCGUCAGACAGUCAGCACUACAGUCGAUGUUCGGGUCACAGACAGCACCAGUUUGUCUGCUGGAGCUGUACAGGAGGCUUUGUCACAAGUUGUAUCGCUGCAGAAAGCAGGAGUGAUUUCAGCCUCCACGUUGGCGCAGUUGUUUGAGGCCGUUUCUGAUAACUUGAACAGCAAUUUAAGUGAAGACGAUAAAAAAGAGCUGGUAGAAAGCAUGUCUACAUCAUUGCUUGAUGCAGUGACCCAAGAAAAUACAGACUAUCUUCCCGAUGAGAUAACAGUCUUAGCUUCCUCAGUCCUAAGUCUUGUCACACAUGAAAAUCUACUGACGCCUAACAUUACGGCAGCAGUAUGCUCUGUUCUUGAUGACAUUAGUAAGGACCUAAUUUCUUCAUCCAAUGGGAACAGCAAUGAAACGUCCAGCGCAGCUUUGCCUAUUGUUUUAUCAUCCAGUAUUCUUCUCAAACAUUCUGCUGUCAAUGACCAACAGACAUCUGAAAAAUUACUCAGGAUAAUGGACCAAGUACAGAGCGCCCUGCUUGCUAAAAAGUCUAUAAACACGGAGCCGAUAUUACUCAGCUCUCCACUGAUUAAUCUCUAUGUGAACAGGGUGACACCAGAUUAUCUCUUUGGCCUAAUCAUUACUGAGAACAUUUCAGCCGCCUUCACACUUCCAUCUUCAGUUUCUUAUCUGGUUCCAUCAGAUGAGCCAGUGAAUUUGCGUAUGAUGAGCUUUGGGAUAAACCCUUACGCUUGGAACAAAGAAGAGGACAUUAGUGGAACAGUCGGGAGUCUCUCUCUUUCCAGAGAUGAUGGUUCUGUUAUCCCAGUGGAAAAUCUUGAUGAGGAAAUUGAGAUUCUCUUACCAAGACUAGGUGUUGUGGAUAAAAACCAAACAUUUCUGAACCUGACAAGUUACAGCACUAUGGCCAUCAAUGUGACUGCUCCAAACACCUCUCUGGUGCUGAAACUGGAGCCUUCAAAUGAGACACCUUUAAUGUUACAUCUGGGCUUUCAGUACUAUCCAAAUGACACCAAGUAUGUUGCCAAGAUCCAAUUCCCUCAACCAGAAGACUCACAAGUAGACGAGUAUACCUGGGUUUUGACCCCCAAAGAUGUGGCAUUAGAAGUGGGGAUUUAUUAUCUUCUAGUGAGGCCUAUAGUCCCAGCAGGUGUAAACUCCACAAAUGUAACAGUGUUCAUUACAUCGAUUGCUGCUAACUGCAAGUACUGGAAUGAGUCUAAUAACAGAUGGAGUGAACAUGGCUGUAGGGUUGGCCCUCUCACCACAUCUCUGGUCACCCAGUGCCUGUGCACUCACUUGACAUCGUUUGGGAGCUCGUUCUUUGUCAUGCCCAACACAGUUGAUGUGUCUCGUACUGCUGAGCUUUUUUCCACGUUCAGCAACAACCCUGUGGUCGUGUGUUUUGUUGGUGCUUUAUUCCUGGUCUACAUUAUAACAAUGAUAUGGGCUCGCAAGAAAGACCUGCAGGACAAAAUAAAGGUGAGAAUCACUGUGUUGGAGGAUAAUGACCCAUUGGCUGAAUAUCGUUACUUGGUGGCUGUUACUACGGGGCAUCGCCAUGGAGCUGCCACAACAUCUAAUGUUACGCUGACACUAACAGGCACUGUUUGGGAGAGUAAGCCUCAUCAUAUGACUGAUCCAGAAAAACCUGUGUUCACUAGAGGAGCAGUGGACAUAUUUUUGCUCACUACUCCUUUCUCUCUUGGAGAUCUGCAGAGCAUCAGGCUGUGGCAUGACAACUCUGGGGAGCAUCCUGAUUGGUAUGUCAAUAAGGUGAUGGUACAAGACCUGGAGACUGGAGAGAUGUGGCAUUUCUUGUGCAACUCAUGGCUGGCCAUUGAUAACGGGGAUUGCACUCUGGACAAGGUGUUUACAGUAGCAUCUGAGACAGACUUAAAAGGUUUCCACAAUCUAUUUUUCACGAAGACAGUGAAAGACUUGUGUGAUGGCCACAUCUGGUACUCUGUUGUAAACCGACCUGCGAGCAGUAAUUUCACUCGAGUCCAGCGACUCUCUUGCUGUUUCUCCCUGCUGCUCUGCACCAUGUUAACCAGCAUCAUGUUCUGGGGGAUUCCCAAAAACCCCUCUGAGCAAGACAUGGAAUUAGGGACUAUCACAUUCAACUUGCAACAAGUGAUGAUCGGGAUCCAGAGUUCCAUUAUUAUGUUCCCCGUCAAUCUCUUGAUUGUAACCAUAUUCAGAAGCACCCGGCCUCGUAAAAAGAAAGAAGUAACAAUAAUUCAAGAGUCCAAAUCUGGAUCUUCUAAGGAGGAGAAAAAACUUGCAGAAAGAUGGCGCAUUCAGACAGACAUUACCGUUGAAAUUGUUGUCAAAGAAUUAAAGAAAAUAGUUCGUGCCCUGGCUAAAGCAGUGAAGUGUCCCAUUCCAAGUGCAGCAGAGGAAUCUGAAACAACGGACAUCAACACUUUAUUGUUGGUACUGGAAGACAUCAUUCGGCGGCAGAAUUUCAAACCCAGCAAAUCUUUUGUAAAAGAUACAGAAAAUGAGAAUUUAUACAAACUUUAUCUGCACUAUCUAUACAAUCAGCUAUGGAAUUUUGAAAAAGAGCUGAGGCUGCUGGAUCCAUCUCAAUUCCCUAAGUCAGAAGGCUAUAUUCAGGCUGUGCUUCAGCUUCAAAAUAUGAAACUGUUGCUAGAGCCCUAUUCCUAUUCUCAGUCUAUGAACAACGAGGCCCAAAUCGCCAGCCCUGAAAAAGAGCAAAAGAAAAAGUGGUAUCAGAAAGGCUUACCCUGGUGGUUUGUGAUUGUGGGUUGGAUUCUCAUUGCAGCCACUAGUGGCGUGUCAGCAUACUUCACCAUGAUGUAUGGGCUGACAUACGGAAAAGAACGCUCCAUCAGCUGGCUUAUUUCUAUCUCAGUGUCGUUCUUUCAGAGUUUGUUCGUCACCCAGCCUAUAAAAGUACUUGGAUUGGCAGUCUUCUUUGCUUUAGUGGUAAAAAAUGUGGAAAAUCAAGAUGAGAAUAUGUUCCAGCUGUUGAAGGACAUGACACUUACCUACUCAGAGGAUCCUGAUGAUAUACGCAUUUCCAGAAGGGACAGCAUGUCCACGUUCUACCAGCCUCCUCCUCCUGCUGACAUUGAGAAAAUGAAGGAAAAUUAUAUAAAAAAUCAAAAAGCUGUUGCCUUAAUCAAGGAGAUUAUCAUUUAUUUUGCAUUUCUGUGCGUACUACUCUUGACUACAUAUGGUCAGCGUGAUCCAAACGCUUAUUAUCUCACUCGGCACAUUCAGCAAAGUUUCAGCACUGGGAUCACUGACAGCAUGAGCCCUGGAGAUGUGUUUAACUGGGCAAAUGAUGUCCUCAUCAGCAAUCUCUUUGGACAACGUCCAGGGUUUAUCACAGAUGGAAACUCAAAGCUUGUGGGAAGUGCCCGUCUUAGGCAGGUUCGAGUGCAUAGGGACUCGUGCAAGAUAUCCAAAGCCAUGCAGCAGGCUGUUUAUAAUUGUAAUGCCCCAUACUCCUGGUCUGUAGAGGAUAUGGGCUCCUACGGUCCGAGUUGGAACCAUUCAAAAGAUGUAAAUAUAUCUGAGACCCUUCUUAUCCCCUGGCAAUAUCAAACCCAGUCCAAACUCAGGGGGCACCCAACCUGGGGCACGAUGGCUUUUUACAGAGGUGGAGGAUUUGUACUGGACCUGGGUCUUGACCCACAACAAGCAAGCAGCAUGCUACAGUAUUUGUUUAACAAAACUUGGCUGGACGUAUACACACGGGCAAUUUUUGUUGAGUUCACGGUAUACAAUGCCAAUGUCAACCUCUUCUGUAUUGUCACCCUGAUGCUAGAAACCACUGCACUGGGAGCGUUCCAGUACAGCAGUGAGCUGCAUAUUCUACGUCUUUAUCAGACCACAGAUGGCAUUAAUAUAGUGGCCUCUGAAGUCAUUUAUUUCCUUUUCAUUCUUUAUUAUAUGUUUUUGCAGAUCAAAAAAAUCAAGCAUCAGAAAUUGCAGUACUUUAGAAGCAAGUUUAACCUUUUAGAACUCUCCAUCAUUCUUUUAAGUUUGGCUGCACUGGGUGCAAUCAUCAACAGGACAAUUCAGGGAAAUAAAGAUCUGCAGUAUUUUCAAAAAAACAGAAAUCACUUCCCAAGCUUCUGUGACACAGCCUCCGCUGACUCAUCCCUCGGGUACAUUUUGGCUUUCCUUAUUCUGCUGGGUACCGUCAAAAUGUGGCACCUGAUGCGGCUCAACUCCAAAAUAAACUUGAUUAUCUGCACGCUGCAACGAGCUUGGAAUGACCUCACCAGCUUCAUUGUUGUCUUAAUCAUUAUGCUCCUGGCCUACUCCCUUGUGUGCAAUUUGCUGUUUGGUUGGAUUCUGUACACAUACAGGACUGUUCAAGAUUCCAUGUUAGCGAUUAUUGCCUUACAGCUUGGCAUAUUCAAUUAUGAAGAGGUCCUGGAUUUAAACCCAGUGCUUGGUGCUUUCCUAAUUCUCUCUUGCGUCUUCUUAAUGACAUUUGUGGUGCUGAACCUUUUCAUCUCAGUGGUUCUUGAGGCAUUCAGUCAAAAGCGAAAGCACUACAAGCCAUCUGAAGAGGAGGAAAUAGUAGACCUGAUGAUGAUAAAGAUCUGCAAGUUGUUUGGCAUCCCAGUUAAGAAGAAAUGAUGAAGAAAACCUAACAGAACCCCAUCCUUACACUUAUGCUUAAGCUGUUCUGUUUGUGUAGCUGUCCAAGAUGAACAGACUGUUUAAUAGGUGAAUUGCUGCUUUUUAAUGUUCCUUAAAAAUGCUUUUAUCUAGACCAUGACUAGAAGUUCAUCAGGAGUUGUGUUUAAGGAAUAUGCUCUUUCUCACGUUAUGCACAUUUCUGUAUGCAUGUAAUC